AUGACGAAACUGAUGGACGUGAAGAGCAGAGUCAACGUUCAACUAAACUUGCACAAGCAUGUAGAUUCCUGGAAGCAGAUCACGAUGAUGAAGAGACUCUCCGAACGACUUUUGGAUGUUCACCUCAGCAAGCAAAUAAGAGUUUCAUCUGUCGAGCUGGUCGAGGAUGCGUUCAAGCGAUGGCUUAGCGAGAGCCAAGCGAGGAUGAACUCGCUCCAGCUUCAUCGACCAUGGAUGCAAGCAGAAAUCAUCAAACGUUGGUGGACGAAAGUAGAAGAUUUGAAGCGAGUUCAAGUCAUCCUUCAGCGCUCGACCGAGCAACACAUUCUCUCUUCGACGUUCUUCUCUUAUCGUGAGUUUGUGGACACGCAGAUGCGAAUCUUCUUUCAAUCCUGCCUCAACUUCUUCCCUUCCAGCAGUCAACCCAGGACGCCCCGAGAGGUAAAUCAGCUGCUUGAAGGCAUUAAUGUUGCGUUCCGAGGUAUCCCCGAAGAGAGUCCAGCCGUCACCACCUGCUCUCUCCUUCAUCCUGUCCCUCAUGCCUUCGCAGAGAAAGUAGCUCUGCACAAGUGCGAGAAGGAGCUUGCCCUCCUUAAGGCACAAUGCCAGAUCCUUCGCUCGCAGCAGGGCAAGGAGAAGAAGCCAACGACGGGAUGA